UCUGGUGAUUGGUGUUGAUGGCCAUGGAGCUGUGUACCCGAACCUUCACAAGUGUCCUUCGUUUCCAUUUCAACCCUUCUUUCUCUCUUCCCUCUUCAAAGUCUCUUAUUCUUCGUGCCAACUCUGGACCCUCCAAAGUCAAGUCCUUCAAGCUCUCAUCUUUUACUCCUCAUCUUCACCUCUUUCAACCUUUUCUCUAUCAUCACAGUUCUUCUCCCUUCACUGUCUCAGCUUCUUCUUCUUCUUCUUCUUCUUCUUCGGUCGCACGUGGCACAGAAAAUGACCCUCUUCCAGCAGACUUGAAGGUCUCCGAAACAGAGGAACCCAAUUCCAGAAUUAGAUUGCAUGUGGAGGUUCCACCACUGGUAUGUGAAGAUUGUUACAAAAGGGUCAUAGCUGAUCUUACCAAGCAAGCAAAGAUCCCUGGAUUUCGCCCUGGAAAGGUUCCAGAGAGUAUUCUUGUUAGUUAUGUUGGGAGUAAAAAUGUUGAGAAGGCUACGGUUGAAUCUAUAUUGAGGAGGACACUUUCACAUGCUCUGGAAUCGGUUACUGGAAGGGCUUUGCAGGACUCAGUACGUAUAGUGACUAAAUUUUCUGAGAUGGAGGAAACAUAUUCUUCUCUCGGGUCUCUUAGAUAUGAUGUCAUUGUUGAUGUUGUGCCUGAAAUAAAAUGGAUUCCUGAGAAUGCAUACAAAAAUUUGAAGAUUGUUGUUGAGAUAGACAGCGAUAUAGAUGCUCACAGAGCAUCUGAACAAGAAUUUAGAAGGCGUUACAAGUCCAUUGGUUCACUGAAAGUUGUUACUGACAGAGGGCUACAGGUUGGUGAUGUUGUUGUCCUUGACAUCUCAGCAACAACCAUUGACCAAGAUGAAUCAAAUAUUAAAAUUAUUCCUUCCGCAGAAAGUAAAGGAUUUAAUUUUGAUACAGAAGAUGGUGACAAAGUUUUACCGGGUUUCCUUGAUUCUAUAAUUGGAAUUUGUCGAGGCGAAACAAAGUCAUUUCCUCUUGUAUUUCCUGAAACAUGGAAGCAAGAAAAUCUUCGUGGUGUUCAUGCUCAGUUUACUGUUGAAUGCAAAGAACUUUUUUACAGAGAUUUACCGGAGCUGGAUGAUUCUAUUGCUGAUAAGCUUCUCCCUGGAUGCACAACAGUGGAACAGGUCAAAGACUUAUUGUUACAGAAAUGCCUAGAGGUGGAGCAAACAGCUAGAGAACAAGCAGCUGAUAAUGCUAUUUUAGAUCAGCUUUCCAAGAGUGUAGAAGUUGACAUACCUCAAUCCUUGUUUGAGGAGCAAGGUAGGCAGCUUUAUGGAGCCAACUUACUAGAAAUACAGGCAAAAGUAAAACUAAAUGAGCAGCAGCUGGCGUCUCUAUCAAGUCCAAAGGCUGUGAACGAAUAUCUUGAGCAUCAGAAGGAAAAUAUAACAAAUUUGAUAAAACAGAAUCUUGCAGUUGGUGAUAUAUAUAGGCGUGAAAAUUUGCAGUUUUCUACUGAGGACCUCGUCAAAGAGGUUGAGAACUCCAUUGUUGAAUUCAAACGUCAAAAACAAGAAUAUGAUGAGGAACGGGUGAAGGGACAGGUUCAAGAAAUACUCGAAGGAGCUAAGGUGCUAGAAUGGUUGAGAGAACAUGCAGAGGUUCAGUAUAUAACCAGAUGAGAGAUGAGCACUAUCCAAAACAAAAUUACAGGCCCAUUUGAAAGAUUUUUUUUUCCGGCUUAUGUAAGUUCUGAGAAAAUAAACUAUUCUUGAUUGAAUUUUGAAGAAAGAAAAUUAAGAACAGAAUUAUGUAUUACAAGUGUACUUUCUGCUAACAGCAGCUAAAUAUACUUCAGCAGCUAGAAAAAAG